UGUCUCUCCGGCGCUCCGCUCCGCGCUCCUCCUCCUCCUUCGCCGGCGGCGGCAGCAGCAGCAGCAGCAGACGCGCCAGUGGCAACUUCUCUUUUUUCUGCUGAAGGCUUUAAAGCCUGUGUGGCGUGAACACCCGACGGAGAGGAGUGCGCAUAGGCCGACACCGAGGAUACCAUGGGGAUAAAAUUUUUGGAGGUGAUUAAGCCAUUCUGUGCGGUGUUGCCCGAGAUCCAGAAGCCCGAGAGAAAGAUCCAGUUCAGAGAAAAGGUGCUAUGGACAGCCAUCACUCUAUUCAUCUUCCUGGUUUGCUGCCAGAUCCCGCUGUUUGGGAUCAUGUCCUCAGACUCUGCAGACCCUUUCUAUUGGAUGAGAGUUAUUCUGGCCUCCAACAGAGGUACGCUGAUGGAGCUGGGCAUCUCGCCCAUUGUCACCUCAGGCCUCAUAAUGCAGCUGUUGGCUGGAGCUAAGAUCAUUGAAGUGGGAGACACCCCAAAAGACAGAGCCCUCUUCAACGGAGCACAGAAAUUAUUUGGCAUGAUCAUCACCAUCGGCCAGGCCAUUGUGUAUGUGAUGACUGGCAUGUAUGGGGACCCCUCAGAGAUGGGUGCUGGGAUCUGUCUACUAAUCAUCAUUCAGCUGUUUGUGGCAGGGCUGAUUGUGCUGCUGCUGGAUGAGUUGCUCCAAAAGGGCUAUGGCCUGGGUUCUGGUAUCUCUCUGUUCAUCGCCACCAACAUCUGCGAGACCAUUGUCUGGAAGGCCUUUAGCCCCACCACUGUUAACACUGGCAGAGGCACUGAGUUUGAGGGAGCCAUCAUCGCUCUCUUCCACCUGCUUGCAACACGGUCAGACAAAGUGCGGGCUCUGAGGGAAGCCUUCUACAGACAGAACCUGCCCAACCUCAUGAAUCUCAUUGCUACAGUAUUUGUGUUUGCUGUGGUGAUAUACUUCCAGGGCUUCAGGGUAGAUCUGCCAAUCAAGUCGGCUCGCUACCGUGGUCAGUACAAUACCUAUCCCAUCAAGCUCUUCUAUACCUCCAACAUUCCCAUCAUCCUGCAGUCUGCCCUGGUGUCCAACUUGUACGUGAUCUCCCAGAUGCUCUCCACACGCUUCAGUGGCAAUUUCCUGGUCAAUCUGCUUGGAACCUGGUCUGACACGUCCUCCGGCGGUCCAGCUCGUGCCUACCCCGUGGGUGGGCUGUGUUACUAUCUCUCUCCGCCCGAGUCAUUCGGAUCCGUCUUAGAAGAUCCAAUUCAUGCCUUCAUCUAUAUUGCGUUCAUGUUGGGAUCGUGUGCCUUUUUCUCCAAGACCUGGAUUGAGGUCUCGGGCUCUUCAGCUAAAGAUGUAGCUAAACAGCUGAAGGAGCAGCAGAUGGUGAUGAGAGGACACAGAGAAACCUCGAUGGUCCAUGAACUCAACAGGUACAUCCCCACUGCUGCUGCCUUCGGUGGACUCUGUAUCGGUGGUCUUUCGGUGAUGGCUGAUUUCUUGGGGGCCAUUGGCUCUGGUACUGGUAUUUUGUUGGCCGUCACCAUCAUCUAUCAGUACUUUGAGAUCUUUGUGAAAGAGCAGAGUGAAGUGGGCAGUAUGGGAGCCCUGCUCUUUUAGGAAAGCCAACAUUCUCACAGGACCAUUCAGUACUCAUGGACCAGCACUGACCCACUUCCGCCAGGUUUGCUGUUAUUUUUACAUCACUGUCAAUGGCUUGCACCAUUGGGCUCUCCAGUUUCAGGCUGUUUCCUCUAGUUUCCUCCUCCCCUCAAAUGGCCUUCAGGGAUUACAGCUGAACUUGGAUGUGGCAAGUUUGGUGGGACUUCAACUUGACAUUCACAACCCCUUAGGUUCCACCUUUUCUUACGCAUAAUAAAAUGACUUGCAUAUCAGGUUUUAGUUCACCUGUUGUGUUUGUUUGUUUUUUUUUAUAACUCGAGGUUUGGUUAAGCUCCUGGUGAUUCCUGUAAAAGCUUCAUUUGCAUCUGAAAUGAUGAGGUGGACAGCAAGCGGAGGUGACGCUGUAGCUUAGUCUGUUUUCAGACUCACCACAGUUCUCCAGAAUACAGGCGUACUAGACUUCGACAAGGGUGGUCCCCCCCCCCCCCGCUGGACUUCUUUCAUACCAGCCACAACAGUAUGUGAAAUAACAUUUGAGGUUUCGCUUGUAAACCUUAAAUCUCCUUUGCCUGGUGUGAAGAGAGCUCACUUUAUACCUUUACUGUACCAAUAUGCUCAACUUUAUCGUUUUAUUUUCGGUUAUCUUAACGUGCAUAUCAUGGGUAGGUGCAUACCGGAGAGUGAAAUGUAAGAAAUGUAAUCAGGUAUUUUGGCCUGAAUUGUGACCUUGUUUGGAAACUACUAUUUGAACCGGGUCUGUAAGUGGUUGACAAGAGGACAUAAUUUGUGGUCCAGUUGUCAAAAGAAAUUGUAUACUGCUUUUUUAAUGUGUACAUUGCAACAGUCCUCCAGUGAACCACUGUAAACACAAAGUCCUUACAGUAGAAAUGUAUGGCAUUUCCAAGCAGUGGCAGUAUUAACUAGUUAACCACAUUCAUUCUUGUUACCUGCAAAGACUGAAUGUGGUGGUUGUUGUUUUUUUGUUUUUUUUAUUUGUCUGCUUUAAGCAGAAUUGCAUCGAACACAUUUUCACAGUACAGACUCUGAUUUUCUGUAUAUAAGCCAUGCAUCACUUUGAAUACAUCGAAAGUGUAAAAUAAUAAUGUCUUUUUUGAAUAUGUACAAAUGUAUUCCUGGAAGAAGAAAAAAAAACAUUCGCAAUAAACCAUAUUUUGGGGAAAA